CUCCCUUUACACCCAUCUAGUUGUUUACAUAAUAAUGAGCUAUUUUGUAAUGAUUUCUUGUUAAAAAGCAAUUUAUGAGCCUAACAUUAAGAUGUUUUAGAGUGAAGUCUAUCUAACAGAUGUAUUUAUGGGACUGAGGAGUUCACGCCGUAGAAUGAGUGAUAGUGAACCUAUGGAUGAAGAAAAUGAUUUGCCAUCAAUAAUAGCUUAUUUGGUUCGCAGCGGACAAGUACGAAUAUCAUCCUCGGAUGAAGCGCUGUCUGAAGAGGAUUCUGGAUCGGAGGGGGAACAGUCCGGAACCAGAGAUCCGACCACGGGUGAACUGACAACAGAUUUGAGUUCACUAAAAAGUAAUUUUGUAUUACAAGAUGUAAAAGUAAAAUCAGGUCGAUUUCACCCAAGAAGAGACGAACGAUCUAACACGAAAUCUCUGACAGAACUUAUUCAAAAGAGAGAAAUUGGUUUAAGCAGACAUCAGAAAUUCACACAGGGAGAUUUAUGUGUCAUAAACUCAAAAUUUCUUCCUAAUCGUGUAAGAACUGUGGCAACAUAUAGUCAGAAAGCGUUCUGUGGUACAUAUUCACAAGAUGGCAAUAUAUUCUUGUCUGCAUCACAAGAUCAGAAUAUAAGAGUGUAUAAAACCGACAGAUCGUUUAAAUUAUUAAAAACGAUACGAGCCAGAGAUGUAGGCUGGAGUGUUUUAGAUACAGCGUUUAGUCCAGAUGGCAACUAUUUAAUAUAUUCCAGUUGGUCAGAUUGUAUUCAUCUAUGCAAUAUAUAUGGUGACCAUGAAGUUCAUGAGGCCUUAAAUCUAACUCCGGGGGAACACAGUUUUUGUUUAUUUUCACUUACAUUUUCUUCUGAUAAUUCAGAAAUAUUGGGUGGGGCAAAUGAUGGUUGUUUAUAUGUGUAUGAUAGAGAAAGUAAUCAAAGAACACUCAGGAUUGAAAGUCAUGAUGAUGAUGUGAAUGCUGUUUCUUUUGCUGAUGAUAGUUCACAGAUAUUAUUUAGUGGUGCUGAUGAUGGUCUCUGUCGGGUAUGGGAUAGAAGAACAUUGAGAGAAGAUAAUCCUAAAGCUGUAGGAACAUUUGCUGGUCAUACAGAUGGUAUUACAUAUAUAGAUAGCAAGCGUGAUGCACGAUAUCUUUUGUCUAAUUCUAAAGAUCAGACAAUUAAAUUAUGGGAUGUAAGAGCAUUUUCAAAUGAAGAUACUAUACGAGCUACGAAGCGGGCUGUAUCAGCACAAAAAUGGGAUUACAGAUGGCAGCAAGUGCCGAGAAGAGGUAUGAUUUAA